AUGUUAUUAAGGGAACAAUAAGAAUAUAAAUUAAAAUAUUUAGAGGAAAGAAUGGAAUAAUAUGAAACAAGUCUAUUAAAGAAGGUCAAUCAAUUGGAAGAAAGAAUUAAGUCAUUUAAUCAAAAAUUUGAAAGAAUUGAUGAAUUAGGUUAAAGAGUCAAUGAUUUACAUUCAUUAUUUGAUAAACUCAAAGAAAAUUUUGAUACAAAAUUAAUGUUACAAGAUGAUAAAAUUUCAAAAGCAAAUUUUAAUAUAAAUAAAUUAAAAUAGGAAGACUUCCAACAAUUAUAUAAUUUUGUUAAAAAAGUAUUCAAUACUACAAAAGAUAUGUCUUUAGAAAUACAUAAUGUAAAAAAUAAAGAUAUACGGCAAUCUGAAGUUCUAUUCAAAUAGGAAUUGAAACAAUCAAAUAUUUUAGGAGAAAGAUUAUAAUCUCCUUUUUUACAUUAAAGAAUGGAUAGUUAUUAAAAAAGUGAUAGAAUGAGAUCAAUAACAUUGGAGAAAGAUAAGGGAUUAGAGUAGAAAGUGAAAUUUGAAAAUGAAGAUUUAGACACUAAUAAACCAAAUUCAAAGGUAAUUACAAAAAAUGAUAAUCAAAAAUUAAUUGAUAAAUAUUAAUUCACUUUAUAAACUAAACUACAAAAUGAGAGUAAGUAAUUGUAUUAUAAUUAGAUAUUUAAAAACUUAGCAAUGUAAAGAUUGAAGUGUAAAAUACUGAAUAAAAUAAGAUACUGACUUAAUAGUAAUAAUAAUUACUUGAGAGAACUAUAUCUUAAGAUCAUAUUCCUAGAUCAAAAUACUUAAAUAGUACAAAUUAAAUUAAAGAAUAACUGAAAAACUUAAGGAAAUGA